ACCUCCAUCACCACAGUGAACAUAGUGGUGACUGAUGUCAACGAUAACAACCCUAAGUUUGACCUGAACCUGCCCAGAAACCUCACUGUCCAGGAGGAGGAGGCAAACAUGUUUGUGGGUCAAGUCACGGUAAGCACAUCUGAUGGGCUAAAGAUGCACACAAUGUCGUAGUAUGUUGUUGCAAAUUCACAUGAAUACCUUGAACAUGAAUACGAAGAAAAACAACAUUCCUUUCACCUGCCAUUUCAUGGUAUUUCCCUUCUUUCCACCUUUCUACCUGGCACGUCUUUACUAAGCAGGCCUUCUUGACCCUUCCUCGAACCCAGCUACUUCCAACGUCCCAUCGGUGUCAACAGCAACGCACGUGGUGAUAACUCCAACAGGCUCUAAUUGAUCUUUGCUAAAAGAUCAAAAUAUGUUUUUGAGUUGGGAUCAAAAUUAUUACUUUUCCCUAGUGACGUCAGAACUUUGGUUUGGGCUGCACUCUGAUAACUGGUAACACAUGAAGAGUUAAAGGGCAAUUCCACCACAACCUCAUUUUCAGUAUCUCCUGCACAUUACCAGUGUCUACAUGCAGUUUGUGAAAACGGCUUAUUUCUACGUUUUGUAGGAAAAAAAUAGUUACGAAGUUCUACCCGAUGAUAUCAUCAAAAGUUAAAGCAUUUUAUAAACAGUGAUUUUCAAACACUAUGAGAUUCGCGGUGACGUGAGGAGAAAGAAAAUACCCUCCCUCUGGCAAGAAACUCGUUGCAGGUUUUGAAAAUCACAGUUUUGAAAAAACAUUUAAUCCUACCAUGUAGGACCUUUCUUCUUGGUUUUUAAACUACAGAUCAUAGGAACGGGCCUUUUUUUACAUAUGUAGACACUAGUAUGGUGCUGUAGAUAAUGAAUAUAAGGUUGUAAAGUGGCCGAAUUGCCCUUUAAUUGUAAGAGGCUUUUGGAUGCUUUAUUUACACAUGCCCACUACUUAGUGUAGUUAUUACCAGAACCAUCAACCUACAUAACUAUGACCCUGAUUAUUGCUGCAUCUGGCCCUUUAUCUGAGUAUAAAUCUAACUAUUAUAAUAAGUUGUCAAUAUCACAUUAUUACCUCUUCAUUUCAUUACUUAUAAUGGAAUAUUUAAAUACUCUUGAAAUGCAAAAAGCCUACAAUGGAUAUAUAUAUAUUUUUUAACCUUGUUUAACUUUUAACUUUGUUUGGAACAUGGGGUAAGUGUUUAUUCUGAAAAACAGUAACAACAAAUGCUGAGAAAGAAAAAACAAAUAUACAGUUUUCCUAGCCAAGACCAUGUUGCAUCAAGACCAUGUUUAAAAAAGAAGAAAUACAAACUUCCAUAACUUUUGUAUUCAUUCAUUUAAUCUGUGGAAUGGUUACGGUUCUGCAGAGGGAUAUGAUAGGUAGGUCAAACUCCCACUAAAUUGUAUGUUCACCCACACUGUGCCAUAGCAGAUCAGUGAAUGACAAUUUACAUACAAUAAUGAUUCCUUUUUAAAGUGUUAGAAGGGAGAUAAGGGUAAUUUGUAUGGGAACGGGAGCUCCUCAAGGUGAGAGUUACUUUGUGUUUCAUCAUGCUGACACACAUUCUAAUCUCUCUUCACAUCCACCAACCCUGGAACACCAAGACUGAUCUCUGACUUUAAAGGUCCCACAUCUCUAUUAUUUAGUUUGCUAAGUUACUCCCAUAGACUACAUAUGGCACAUAAAUUGAUAGAGGAAGUAAUACAUACACAACAAAUGCAUUGGUGCAUUUUAUUCAAAAAUAAAGCUGUUUCUUCUCCAUGGGCUAUUUAAGUCUGGCCCUUGAGUUGCACAGCUAUGCUGGUUGUUAUACUUCACCAACUUUACUUGACCACCAGAGUCAUAACACGUUAUGGCACAGUCAUAACCAUGUCACAAUAUGUCAUAACAGCUGACAUAACCUGUCAUAACCUUUCAUAAUAUGGUCAUAGCACUGUCAAGACACACGCAUUUAGACCUGUUGUGACAUAUAUUGCGUUAUUUUAUGGCUGGUUAUGACACCUACAUAAUAGUGUCAAAACCCACAAAACAUACCACACAAGGCAAAACAUUCAAUUUUACCAUAGCCUACGUGUCAGCAGUAUGUUUAUGUUUUUUAUAACAUUUUCUGCAAUUUACCAUAUUUAAUUAUCAUUGUAAUUGUGCACACAUUGAUGUCAGACAUGCACCUACCCCAAUGCUCUGUUUCUGAUGUCUGGGAUGAAUGUAGGAGCAGAUUUCAGGAGCAGGACAAGACACCCUCCUUUUGACUGAUGACUGACAUAAGGGCAUGUACGUGAUAGGCUUAUCGGGCUUAUAUGAUUAUGAUGGUCAUAAUGCUUCUUGACAGUGUCAUGAAGUGCAUUUUCUUAGUCCAAGUAAAGUGACACAGAUGGUCAUAAUGCUUUAUGACAGUGUCAUAAAGUGUAUUUUCUACAAGUUAUUUAAAGAAUACAUUGUAAAGAAUUAAUUACAUCAACAACAAAGGAAUCAACAACAAUGGAUUUGACAGGGAAAUGUUGAAUUAAUGUGGGUUUUGACACUCUUAUGUAGGUGUCAUAACCAGCCAUAAAAUAACACGAUAUAUGUCACAACAGGUGUAAAUACAGUUGAAGUCGGAAGUUUACAUACACCUUAGCCAAAUACAUUUAAACUCCGUUUUUCACAAUUCCUGACAUUUAAUCCUAGUAGGUUCACCACUUUAUUUUAAGAAUGUGAAAUGUCAGAAUAAUAGUAGAGAGAAUUAUUUAUUUCAGCUUUUAUUUCUUUCAUCACAUUCCCUGUGGGUCAGAAGUUUACAUACACUCAAUUAGUAUUUGGUGGCAUUGCCUUUACAUUGUUUAACUUGGGUCAAACGUAUCGGUUAGCCUUCCACAAGCAUCCCACAAUAAGUUGGGUGAAUUCUGGCCCAUUCCUCCUGACAGAGCUGGUGUAACUGAGUCAGGUUUGUAGGCCUCCUUGCUCACACACACUUUUUCAGUUCUGCCCACACAUAGGAUUGAGGUCAAGGCUUUGUGAUGGCCACUCCAAUACCUUUACUUUGUUGUCCUUAAGCCAUCUUGCCACAACUUUGGAAGUAUGCUUGGAGUCAUUGUCCAUUUGGAAGACUCAUUUGCGACCAAGCUUUAACUUCCUGACUGAUGUCUUGAGAUGUUGCUUCAAUAUAUCCACAUAAUCUUCCUUCCUCAUGAUGCUGUGCACCAGUCCCUCCUGCAGCAAAGCACCCCCACAGCAUGAUGCUGCCACCCUGUGCUUCACGGUUGGGAUGGUGUUCUUCAGCUUGCAAGCUGCCACCUUUUUCCUCCAAACAUAACGAUGGUCAUUAUGGCCAAACAGUUCUAUUUUUGUUUCAUCAGACCAGAGGACAUUUCUCCAAAAAGUACGAUCUUUGUCCCCAUGUGCAGUUGCAAACCGUAGUCUGGCUUUUUUAUGGCGGUUUUGGAGCAGUGGCUUCUUCCUCGCUGAGCGGCUUUCAGGUUAUGUCGACAUAGGACUCGUUUUAGCACUCACCUCAACUUAGCUAACAUUUCCCCAGCCUAAUAUCCAUUCGGAGAUUCAGUGAAAACAAAAUCAGAGAUUAAUGGAUUUAUCUAGACGAGUCCCCCACGUAUGUCUCAAAGCAGCACGAUGGCGCUGUUCCAAUCAAAACGGUGCUGAAAUGAUGAUCUAUGUGGCCACACAUGACUGUUGCUUUAAAUUAGUAUAAUGGUUGGAUAUGACUUUGGGAGCUUCAUUAUGAGCAAAGAUUUUAUACAUGUCUUCAAUUGCAUUAGCUUACUUUAUUCCAAUAUUGUCAUAAUUCAGUUUAUCAUAACUAAAUUGAGUUUUCCUCUCUCUGCGCUUUUUCUAGGCCCAAUGGCUGUUUUCUUGUCUCCUCAUUCCCCUGCCGCCCGCCUCUGUCGUGUUGUUCUCAACACCAGUUUAAAUCAAUAUAGCGUACUGUUUUCUAGAAAUCUGUAUUUUUUCAUGUUCGGGCUCAUUUAAUUUCUGUGAUGUCGUACCAGACCUGGGCUCGAAUUUUCAGUUCUGAUGAGAACUCUAAACUGCAUUAGGGUCUAGUGUGCAGUCCAGCAGUGUCAAUCAUGUGUGUGCUUUGAAUUUAAAGUGACUUUGUGUGAAGUAAAUACGCUAGGCUAAUGGCUUCCAUGCGAAAACCUGUUUGGAUCAUGUGCUAUUCAUUUUUUUUGCCAAUCUGCUGCUGUGCAUGCUGUGUAUUUUGUGGAAUUGCAUUAGUGCGACAUUGGGGAUAAUUUUUUAUUUUCCCGGGUCUUGUCAUUUUAUUUUUUAUUGAAAUGUGAAGAGUGGUCCCUGGACAAUCUUGGGAUCCCGGUUACCUGUGUUAAUCCCUAAUUUACAGAACAAUUUUGUAUGACAGCCCCUUUUUAUGGAGGUCUAUGACCAGCACUCAUGUCUCAAUCCCCCAUAGAAGGGCAUAUACUGUAAGUGCAGUACUUGACCCUUAAACUGCAGGCAGAUGUUACCGAUGCAUGGGGUUUGCACUGCAUAUAUCGUCUAAGUAUCUUAAUGCUAAUCCUGAAGCAUAAAUAAGGGAUAAUCAAUGAGGGGCUAUGGGUUCUAGGGAAAUAAUGCAUGACACAGAAGGUGUGUGCAAUGACGUGCAGCGGAGUGGUACUCACCUUCAGCAGAGUUGCAUUAUUUCCAUAGAACGCUUAGGCUGCGUUUACACAGACGGCCCAAUUCUGAUAUGUCUUCACUAAUUUGUCUUUUGACGAAUCAGAUCAGAUCUUUUACCCAUAAUUGGGAACAUUAUCAGAAUUGGACUGCCUGUGUAAACCUUAAGUGCAUAAAAAACUGCUACUAACCAACUGAUAUGGCGUAUUUAAUACAGUAUUUGUAAAUGUGACUGAUAUGGUGUUUCAUAGGAUUUUUGAGGAUGAGGACAUUCCAUUUAUUUCUGUCCCUGGUGGGUGCCAGAAGGUAUGCAUGCCAAGAAGGCUGUGGGGGCCACUGAUGUUACUUUUAGAAUGAGUAUGUGAUGGAAUGUCCUGACUAGGGUGCAAUAUGAUACCAUCUAGGGUGAUAUUUUUGUGGUUGGGAGUGACACCCAAUAAUGGUUGGCAACUGUUGGAUAGAAUUAGCUUGCAAAGCAGUAUAUAAACUGAGAGAUUUGUAUGCCUAUCAUUCAAAUGGCAAGAGGCAAUUGACUUGUUACAUUGAAUCUGGUACUGUAUCUAUUAAAUACUUUGUAUUAACUCUCCAUCUAAGUGUUUAACUAUUUUCUUGCAUCCUGAAUUCCUCGAUACCAGAAAACCCAUCAUAACACCAACCCUGCAGUGCUAAAGUGUGCUUGUGUGUUUGUCGUUCACGGGAGGCUAGUAAAAUAUUCCUGAUUAAUAAUUCAUGAAUUGACUAUGUAUUACAGGCAUUUGGCCUGUUGAAAAGUCUGUGAGCUGUGGGGUGCAUUAUGAUGUAAACUAACUGCAGAGUAAUGUUGUGGUUAAUUUGUACAUAUCAGCAUGCUGUUCUUUCUUCUGUUUUCUGAAGGUUUAACGCCAGGGCUCAAUCUUCAGCUUUGGCUUUGAGCAUUUAUCUGGCUUUCUGUGUAAUACAAAAUGGGGGUACAUCACCCUUACCCCAUCUAAGCCCUUUGAUUCUCUCUGUGCUACUCUGUCCAUCCCUAGCCCGGGGUUAAUAACUCAGUCAGGCUUGAAUCGAACAGGGGCAGAUUUCAAAGUGUUUCCCCCUUAUCUCUCUCUCUCCCAACUGCUCUCUCUUUCCCUGUUACCAUGAUUACAACAGAGAGGAAUUAGUGCCUGCUGUUCACACAAAAAAACAAUGCUGGCACACACACACCAGGCUGGCACACACUCACACACAAGCUUGCACACACUCACACACUGGAAUACUAAUGAACUGUCAUAUUCAUGAGGGAUUUAAAAUGUGUUAAGUAACUAACUUUCUGUCUACACUGAAUGAUCCUCAAAAUGUACCCUGUCCCAGGAUUUUUCAUAUUUUUCUUAUUUUUAGCAUUCAAGGAAUUCCCUUUGAUGAAAUGCAGACUUCAUAGGAAGAGGCUUCUGUCCCUUUGAACUUGCUGAUGAUUAGUCAUGAGUCUGUGACAAAGACACUAAUCUCAAUGUGAAGAGAAAAUUAGAUUGAAAUUAACACUGGGCUUAAAUUUAUGAGAACCGUGUUAGCUUAGUCAUUUUUAAGUGUACAGUAAAGUGUGUGUGUGUGCGUGCAUGCGUAACAACACGUUUUAACACAUUUUAACUUUUGACUAUAUUCAUGAUAUAGCACAACCCCUUGUACCUUACUGCUUAUGUAUUCCCAUAUUUACCUUUCCCUAAUUCACUCCACAUAUUUACUAUACUAUGUUUUCCGCUUCCCCUGCAGGCCACAGAUCCAGAUGCAGGAGCUAAUGGUCUGGUGCGCUACAGGAUAGUCAACCACCUAGGUGUCUUCACCAUCAACGAGAAUGGCAGCAUAUUCACCACAGUGCCUCUGGACCGGGAGCUCAGGAGUCGGUAUGACCUGAUAGUGGAGGCCUCUGAUGGAGCGGUGGACCCCCGCAGGACCACGUUCACCCUCUCUGUCCUGGUGAUAGACAUCGAUGACAACAGCCCAGAGUUCUCCCAGAAGACCUACAUUGUCAACGUCCCCGAGAACAGCCCUGUGGGCACCGUGGUGCUGCGCUUCAGUGUACGUGUGUGUGUGUGUGUGUGUGUGUGUGUGUGUGUGUGUGUGUGUGUGUGUGUGUGUGUGUGUGUGUGUGUGUGUGUGUGUGUGUGUGUGUGUGUGUGUGCGUGUGUGCGUGGGCGAGUGCGCAUGUCUGUGCAUAUGUGUCCUACAGCUACACUGAAUAUGUGUAUGAGCAAUGAGCAUGGUGGUUCUGAGACUCAGUGUAAGUGUGGGUGUGGGGGAGGGGACUCUGUAGCUUCUCUCUGUCUCUAUCUCUCUGUCAGGCUUUGUGCAGGGCAGUAAGGGCUUCAAACAGCUUGACUAUUAAAUGCACCCUUUAACAUCCUUUAACUUCAAAGCGUCUCCAGCUAUCAGCCGAUUUGGCCUCCAUUUCAAUCGCCAUUCUCUUCCAGGCUCUUUAGUGUUUCACACACGCAACGGAGGGUAAACACUUACAUUUUACUAUCGUAGGAGUCUGGUACGUCAGAACUCUCUGGGUGUCUUUGGUCUCAAAUGGAGUAAGACUAAAAGCCAGUGUCUCGUCAAAGCUCUGAAUCGGGCUUAAGCGGUGGAUAAUUUUUCCUCUCUUGACAAACAUUAUUGUAGCGCUUGACAAACCCUGAGCACCUUGGAACUUGAUGGAAGGCUUCUCGGGUAAAUUUCGCACUGAAAAGCACCUCCUCUUGUUGUUUGCACUGAGGGAGAGAACCAUGGGAAUACCCCAGCGAGAGCCAAAGCAAAGCCGGAGCAGAGGAAAAGUAAUUAUCGGCAUAUUGUGAGUGACUGACACCCGCAACCAUGACAACGCUAUUCUCCCAAGAAAUGAACAACAUCUUCAGCCAGAGCAGGAGCAGACAGGAAUGGGGUUGGUGGUGGGGGUGACACCUGUCUGUAAAGAAGGCCCAGUUACAGACAGCCAUCGCAGGCAGAUUAAUCUCUGAUCCGUGCCUCUCUCCUCUAGAGUGAUUAUAUGUGGUUACUUUUCUUUCUAUCUAUUUAUAUAUACAUGUAUUUUAUAUUUUUAUAUAAUUGUAUAUUGUAACUCCCUUCACAUCUCCACAUCAAAGCCUUCCACCUGAAAGAUUCUCACUCCCACAGACCACAUUUAGUUUUUGUUGUCAGUUGGAUGUCUGUGUAUGUAUGUAUGUGUGUGUGUGUGCAUGCAUGCAUUUCUAUAAUCACCUCUCUCUGCCACUAGGAUAACUGUUCCUAUGAGCUUAAUUAUUUUACUUAUAAAGGGCCAAGUAAACAAUUUCCCUGAGAUUAAUUUGAUCAGUGCUUGUAUUCAUUUUAUCACAUUUCUACACAGUCUAAACAAAUGAGCAUAUAUUGAAUUAGCAAUAUAUUGCAGAAAGAAGCCCGAGAGAGCGAGAGAGAUAGAGAGCGGAUCGAUGAGCUAGAGAGAUAUGAGAGCUAGAGAUAUAGAGAGCGAGAGAGAGAGAGCGCUAGCGCGACGCGAGCUCUCUCUCGCUUCUCCUCUCUCUCUCUCCUCUUCGCAAUCCCUAUCUCUCUCUCUCUCUCUCAUCCCUAUCUCUGUUUCUCUCUCUAUCUCUUUCUCUCCUCUCUCUCUCCCUCCAUCCCAGGCGGUGGAUGCAGACCUGUUCUCUAACGUAACGUACCGUAUCAAGUCUGCAGAGGACAUGAAGCUGUUCCUGGUGAACCCGAUCUCAGGCGAACUGUCAGUCCUGCAGACCCUGGACUUUGAGGACCUGGAUAGUAUGGGUACGGGGUCCACCUAUACCUUCCUGGUGGAGGCUGUGGACCAGGCUGGGACCAUGCCCCCCGGUGAGGCCACCGUCACUAUUCGGAUCACGGUACGAUCAUAUGUCACUCUGUAUUCACUGUGUUUGUCAUGA